CGGAGCCCCGUGGGUUUUUCCAGUAAGCUACCUCUAUUACGAAUUCCUGACGUGGUAAGAAAUACCGUCAUAUUCCGAACUGUUCCGCCAUCACUUGGUUUCCGUCGACGGUGGUUCUUUGCCUUCGAUUUUGUUGUCGAGCUUCUCCCCCUGGCUCUCUGGUCUUGGACCGUUUGCACUCGGCACUCUCCCGUACCUUCCCACUUCAGACUUCUCACCCACUUGCCACUGCAAAAGGAUCCUUCACUUCCCAAACUACUUGAAGCCGGUGUUUUGAAAAUCAACCAACCAACAACGUAGCGCAAAAGAACGCCAUACCAACCUCCCGGCCACAAAUGGAGGCUGGCAUGAUCAAGUGCCAGAGCUGUGGCAAGUGGAAGCAGCGAGGCCACUUCUCGCAGAGACAGUUGGCUAAAUAUGACAAAAAUGCUGCUACGAAUCAUGCGUCGCCAGCCAAGUCAGGUAUCCAAUGCAAAGAGCACGCCUCCAACACUCUCGAGAUGAAAUGCAACGGUCCUUGCAAUCGAGUGAGAGAACUGCGGUUCUUCAGCAAGAGUACAAGGCGCAGUGGGAAGAACUGGUGCGUUGACUGCACCUCCUGGCAGGUCAUGCAGGAACCUGGAGACACGCUGCCACCCCCAGGCUCUCAACUCUCACCGGAGGAACAGGAAUUUGGAUUGGCUCGCGAUCCGACGCGCUUUGCCAAUUUGAGUCUCACCGACCGCGUGGCCGAAGACUUCGCCGUCAUCCAGUCUGGCUCCGUGGAUUAUGGCGGCGCUUCUGACGUGACCUCCACGCUGGCGCAAUCUGACCUCCAGAGCGAGAGCUCCGAUAGUCCGAGUCAGAGCAACUCGGUGAACGAUGCUCCAGCCGAGUCAGCCCUCGACCGCAUCACACCCACGCAUCUCCGUGGGCCGGGCCCAGGCAGAGCACCACACUGGUUCCUCCCGCCCAUGGAUAAUGAUUUUCAGACUAAACUUUUUGGCAAGUCGACGGUUCACGACACUGAGAGCGGCAUCGGAGAGAAUGAUGCCUUUCCAAGACGCCCGGCGGCCCCAAAACAGCCCAUCUCUUUCAACGCUUGGGGCCCCGAUGGUGAGCAUGUCCGAAUGACAAAGACGCCUACAAUCGCAUCUGGCAACACAUACGCGGGACAGAGCAGCCGGGAGACUGUUGAGUUGGGAAGAAAGGGCUGGGCCAAGCCAAGUCAACGAAAGCGGCCGCCUCAGAUUCCAGACUACCUGAAAGGAGGCCGUCCGAUUGUGGCGGGCGAUGAGGAUGACGAUGGCCUGGACCUGGGAUCGGACGAUGGUAUUACGUGGCAUCGGCCGUCCGACCAGCAAUGAACUCUCGGCUUCUCUUCAGAGAGACACAUCAUCUCCCUUACUUUGGCCACCUAAGGCCAUUGGCAGAUCCUCCCGCAACAUGGAGACUGUCUCGGCAAAAGUCCCCUCAACUUCCCCAGCACUUUUCCCCAUCAUCUUUCCCCUCAACUCUUGGUCCCUUCCCCCGCUGAUAGUUUCUCCCGCCGAUGAGCUUUCCCAGCCCUUUGUACACCCAGCCUAGACCGGGACAUCGCAGUCCUGUGGGCAAUACCUGUCAGAAGAGACGUUUCCCUUUUGCUGAGUAGCUUCGCUCGCAUCUCUGACUGAGAUGACAAUCGGAAUCACGCAUAUCCCCAAGAAAGGAGGAUACCUGGAGGAGGGAAUGAUGCUAGUACCUAGAUACGGGUCGUUCUGAGAAGG